CUCAACGCCUCGGCUGCGCCUAGAAAUUCUGUCCAUAAAAAUUAUGAACAGAAUCGGUGACAAAGGGCAGCCUUGGCGGAGUCCAACCCUCACUGGGAACGAAUCCGACUUACUGCCGGAAAUGCGGACCAAACUCUGGCAUCGGUGAUACAGGGACUGAACCGCCCUUAUCAGUUGGCUCGGUACCCCGUACUCCUGAAGUACCCCCCACAGAACCUCCCGAGGGACACGGUCGAACGCCUUCUCCAAGUCCACAAAACACAUGUGGACUGGUUGGGCGAACUCCCAUGCACCCUCGAGGAUCCUGCUGAUGGGCGAAGGCUCGGCCACCAGACGCUUGCCUUCGAGCCCCGCCUCCAGGCCUGGCUCUAGAGGGGGGCCCCGGUGACCCGCGUCCGGGCGAGGGAAAACGAAAUCCAUUUAUUUUGUUCGUCAUAAGGGGCUAGUGUGAGCCGUGCUUUGUCUGGCCCCUCACCUAGGACCCGUUUGCCAUGGGUGACCCUACCAGGGGCAUGAAGCCCCAGACAACAUGGCUCGUAGGAUCAUAGGGGCACGCAAAUCCCUCCACCACGAUAAGAUAUUAACUCUUAACUCUCAGAAUGGCUAACGGGGUACGAAAUGAGUUACUGAUGAACACAACCCUAAUCGAUGAACUGGCACAAGUGGCAAAAGAAUCAGCAUUGGUACAUGGUAUUCUUAUGAGGCUUGAAAGAUCCCCCAACUCGUCAGAGGAGGUGACAUAUGCUCCUAUCACUCUCUUCCCCACACCAGUACCAAGAGCUAUUUUCCUCCAAGGCGUGGAAGUGCAAACUCACUACAACAUACUUGUGGAUAAAAUCAGCCAGGAUCCUGACUUCUUAGAAGAGGCUCUUGCCAGCACCGUUUCUGUGGAUGAUUUCACUGCAAGGCUGUUCGAGAUACAUCGGCAGGUCCUUAAAAAUGGAAGGUUGCAGUCAAUUGGGUUGGGUCUGAAUCGGUCCGACUACAUGUGGGAGCAGGAGAAUGGACACACAUCUCUGAAACAGAUCGAGAUCAACACCUUUGCUGCUGCUGGUGGGGGCAUGGCCUCUCACAUUUCAGAUGUACACAGACACAUUCUUCAGGUGGCUGGCAAGCUGGAGGAGAGCCAGCGCAUCAUCGACAACAACCCUGCGGUGGGUCUGACCAAGGCUUUGGCUAAGGCCUGGGAGCUCUAUGGCUCAAAGAGAGCGGUUGUCAUGUUUGUGGUGAAGGAGAACGAGAUCAAUAUUAUGGAUCAACGAGUAAUUGAGAAUGAGCUGUGGAAAGGGAAUAUUACCACCAUACGAAAGCGUUUUGAGGAUAUCUCUGAAUCUGGACGCCUAGAUGGGGACAAGAGACUAUUUGUUGAUUAUCAGGAAGUUGCGGUGGUCUACUUCAGGCACGGUUAUAUGCCUCAGCACUACAAGUCUGAAAAGGCAUGGGAUGCUCGUCUGAUGAUGGAGGGCUCCUUGGCUGUGAAAUGUCCCGAUAUCAGCACUCACCUGGCUGGAACUAAGAAGGUCCAGCAGGUGCUUGCCAAGCCAGGUGUUCUGGAACGAUUCUUUCCAGACCAGCCGCAAGUAGUGGAGCAACUUAGGGCCACCUUUACUAGCCUCUACUCUCUGGACAUGGGAGCAGAAGGUGAUAAAGCGAUAGAAAUGGCUUUGGCGACACCGGAUCGGUUUGUCCUGAAGCCUCAGCGAGAGGGAGGAGGGAACAAUAUUUACGGACAAGAAAUCUGUGAGGUUCUUGACAAAGUGAAGAGCAGUGCAGCGAGAAUGGCCUAUAUUCUGAUGGAGAAAAUCCGCCCCGGGUCUACACUGAACUACCUGCUCAGAAUGGGCAGGCCCCUCAAAAUUAGUAAUUGUGUUAGUGAACUGGGCUUCUUUGGAACCUAUGUCAGGCAUGGUAAAGACAUGCUGAUGAAUGAUUGUGUGGGCUAUCUUAUGAGGACCAAGAGUUCAGAAUACUCCGACGGUGGUGUAGCUUCAGGAGCGGCAGUCCGGGACAGCGUGUUCCUCUUCUGAGUACCUGGACUUGACACAAUUCUCCGCCAUUAUUUAACACUGCCUAAUUGCUGCUCUGGUGAUGACUCACUCAUAUUGUUCAAUGCACAUGGAUACAAGAUGCCACAACAGUUUUCAAUGGAUUGAUCUUCUGCUUCCGGCCGUGUCUGUCCUUGACCUUCCUGCCCCGUUGUUCUCCCAGGAAUCCUUUUAUGGCCCUGACAAUGAAUUCUGCCUAAGGUCUGGUUCACACAGCAAGAUUUGAAACAAAUUGGUGGACUUUCAAACUCCAAGAGACCCCACGCAUAAAGAGAACCAAGUACGGGUAUAACAGUUUUGAACGUGCAGUACCGUGUGUAGUGUGCAACCCUAGUGAGGAUAAGUCGUUUGCAGAGAAUGGAUAGAUGGAUUGGCAGAUUGGAAACUUUCCAUUUGUCAACUAAGUUUUAACGUAACUUGGCACGAUAAUGAACACAAGUUCCACCAUUGCAUCAAUUUUAUUAAGAAGGUUGACAUGACUUAAAAUAAUAAAAACUACUUAUUGUUGGCUUUUCUCAUUAUCUGCCGCAACAUCCAAGCAUUUGCCAUUUUUCAACAUGGAACCCUAGGCUUAGUUGUCAUUCGGUUUAGACAAUAUCCAUGUAUAAAAAAACAAAAACAUAUAUUGUGAUUAAAAUGUGGCAAAACUAAUUGUGUAAGAACUUUUAAAUCUGAAACCAUUGAUUGACUACUUAGCAAUGGCAACGCUCUGACCUAAAGCCAAUCAUAAUCGGUAGAGUUCCUAGAGGAUUUCUGUGUAAAAAAUUGUGCAAGCAAAAAAAAUAGGGGCUAAAGAUAUGAAUACCUGCAAUAUGUGUACGUGAAAUGAGGUGAAUUGGAUUAAUUAUGUGGAAUAAAAUUUAUAGCACUCGCGAUCAAGAGUACAUAGUUCCAUGUUAAUGGUACCAUAAUGAUAAACUGCUAUCCAAGAAGUUGUUUAAAAAACAAGAUUUACUCCUCUUAAUUUCUCUUAAAUUACCGUUUGCUGGUAUGGUAUUUGAUCUGUGAAGCGUACAUACUGGAUUAGUGAUUAAAUGGUCUACCAUUA